GUUAGUGGCAUACAGGACACACAGAGAGAGAGAGAGAGAGAGAGAGAGAGAGAGAGAGAGUUUGCGAUGCACAGAGGAAUACCAACAAGAGAGGGAUAUAGUCUAGACAAUAGAGGCUGUUUUUCCAGGAUGAAGCCCAGACGCCUGCUUUCCUCCAUGGAGCUGUUGCCUACCAUCAGUGAGCUGCAGGAAGGAGUUCUGGAGGAUGGGGAAGACGAGUACCCCACUAUGGAGGAGUAUGUGGACUCCAUCAAGAAACUCUCCCAGACCGCCAUAACCCACUCGGCCACCCAUCCCGCCGGAAGAUGCCCCACUGUAGCCCCAUUGGCGCCCUAUAACAAAGCCAUGGCAUAUGCUCCUCGGAUCCCCAGUGGUCUAUCGGAUGUGUCACUCAUGGUCGCCCAUCCUUUGGACCGUGUAACCCGGGUAUGUUCCGGCCGAGACCCCCUGAAUUGGUUGUUUGCGCAGGCCCAGUUUUCCGGGUUGACGUGACUAAGAAAGUCCCAGGCUUCUGUUUUUGACGGUGCCGUGGAGAAGGCCUCGGAGCUUUGCUGAACUCUUUGGUGAACAGGAAGCAUAGUCUGGAUUACAUUACUGGAUUAACCCAGCGUGGGAUUGGAGGUUGAGGUAGUCAGGGAUGAUUUGUGAACGUUGUCUUAACUCUCCCAUGUAUUCUACUGUAUGAACUGAGUCCCUCCAGGUAUGACCAGAGUUGAAGGGUGUCCUAAUGUGGACACCGUAGAAGACACCUUACAAAGUGAGGGUUGAACAAGGAGGGGGCAGAGGGAUUCAGCCCAAUGAAUUUACACCGUAGCUGCUUCUACACCUGCAUUGCCUGCUGUUUGGGGUUAUAGGCUGGGUUUCUGUACAGCACUUUGAGAUAUCAGCUGAUG